AUGGUGUGGUUGCCAGUGGAAAACCAAUGGCGUAAACUUCGCAGAAUAUGUAAAGAACAAAUGUUUUCAACUCCAAGGCUUGAUGCAAGUUGGGACCUUCGCCGGGAAAAGUUGCUGACACUGAGUGAUUAUGUGAAUCAGUGUAGUGUUAAUGGGCAGACUGUUAAAAUUGGUGAAGCUGCUUUAAUUACAUCGCUUAAUUUGAUGUCGGCAACUCUUUUUUCAGUUGAAUUUGCUGAUUUUAACUCUGAUUCUUCUCAAGAGUUUAAGGAAGUUAUAUGGGGUGUGAUGGAAUGUAUUGGAACUCCUAAUAUUGCAGACUAUUUUCCAGUUCUCAAAAAAUUUGAUCCACAAGGAAUUUUGCGCCGGAACACGUUUUAUUUUGAAAAGUUGUUUGCAAUAUUCGAUGGCAUAAUAGAUGAACGGUUGAAAUCAAGAGGUACAUCAGUGAAAAAUGAUUUACUGGACGCUCUCCUUGAUCUCAACCAAAAACCUGACCCUGAAUUAAGCCGAGAUGAUAAAAAGCAUCUUCUUCUGGAUCUAUUUGUUGGUGGGGCAGACACAACUUCAAGGGACAUAAUGACACGUGUCACCCUGGAACCGGCUUUCUUUGUCUAA